AUGGGCUUGCACCUCGCUGUCGCUUUCAAGAAUGCCUUGCGUCGGGUCGAUUAUCUCUUUGCGUCUGGAUGGUCUGUGUCUGGCCUCGAGUCUGUUGUAGCGAAUGGCAUGAUGCUGACCUCUCAGUGGACUCAGGUUGCUGCAUGGGAGUGGAGACGGUUUCGGCUGCCCUUCGUGUGUUGGUUGAGGUUCUCCCAUGUACGUUUCCUGUCGUUCAUUGACUCAGCUGUUGCAAAGGGAGCUUUGGCAAAGGGCAGGUCCACCUCAAAGCUUCUUCAGCCGCUCCUUCGCCGUGCCUGUGUGUUGCAGCUUGCCUUUGACUUGUACCCGGUUUGGCCUUUCUGUCCCACACGACACAAUACAGCUGACGGCCCAACUAGGGAUGUCGUUGUCCGUGAAAUGAGCGAGAAGAGCAUCCGUAGUGCUGAGGGCGUUGACUUCAGAGCCCUGCGCAUGGUUGGUUUGAAAAGAGUCGCAGCAAACUGGAUUCGUCUGUUGCUCAUUGUUUCGUCCUGUGGCGGUGUUCAGGGCUGUGCCGUGGGCUCAAACCUGUCUUUUGUCUUGCCUACCUGGCCUGAUUUUGGAGCAUGGCUUUCGCAAUGGACUUUUCCCAUUUGGGUGCUCACUGUCACUUGGACUUUGUCUGCCGCUGUUGACCUUUUUCUCGGUCUCUGCAACUCCCUCUUAGCUUUGGCAGGUCUCUGUGUUGGCCUAUGGACUUUGUCUCGUUUCCUGUCGGCACUCAAGACCAGUCAUGUCUUCUGGACUUUCCCUGUCUUUUUGAGCCUUGCACCUAGCCACGGGUUUUUGGACUUCCGGUGGCGCGCAUGUGCCAUGGAGCCGCUGUCUGCAGCCGAGCGUCGCCAAGCGGAUGAGAGGGCGGGAGCUCUCCCUACUGGCGAUAGAGCGAAGAUUUGGAGAUUUGAUGAGAGCUCUAUACAGCUGCCUGAUGAGAGUUCUGGCAGACAUCGGGCGUUUGAUUUGUCGUCAUUGCGUCCUGGAGGAGCAAGUCACCUGUUGAACGCCUGCGAGGACUCGGAAGUAGUCCGUAG